UCGUGCACGGCUCUCUCAGCAACGACAACGCUCACGACUGCUCCGCCUUUGCACAGACAUCGCGACCAAAGCAGUAAAUACCAGCCAACGCCAUGUCGGGCCAUACACGAAAGCGACAAUACCAACCCUCCAACCAGACGACACUGAACUCUUUCUUUGGCCGGGCAACGAACGCGAGAUCACCACUGUCCCCUCCACUCGACGAUGCAACACAAUCUUCGCUGCUCAGCGUCGGCAUGAGAGUCCGCAAGUCGGUACCAGAAGGAUACAAAACACAUAAGACGUUGGGGUCGCCGGGGUUCCCGUUCCCAAGCUCGGAUCCCUCUCAAUCACACUCGUCUGCGGCGCCCUCGCGACCGAGCAUCAGCGCCAUAAACUCGAGCUCAAAUGAGCUCAUGCCAUUCUGCGGGCUACAUAAGACUGGUGGACUCUCUUCGCAGCCGAUAUCCUCAGCACCGCCCGCCCUCGAUAGGCGGGCAGAUGAUAUCCCAGAUCUAGCAAGAUCACAGAGCACGAUCGCAUCAAGUCAGAACAGCUUCUGCGGGACAAGCUCGCAAGACGCAAGCUCCAAGAAACGUAGCUACGAGGAUGAAGUGGAAUCUGAUAUGGAUGCAUUUUUUGACGAAGGAGAAUUCGGUGACGAUGCCGGACUUGAUGGAGCGACCAAUGCACGACCCUUGGCUAGAAUGAAAAGUUCUCCACGCAAGUCGCUCGUUGCUGGAGUGCAGAUAGUUGACGACGAUGAUUUCGAGGAAGCAACAUUUCUUGUGCCUAUGGAUGUUGAAUAGAGGACGGGGACGGAGGCGAAAGGACUGAAGGCAUGGGCUCGUCCACUUGUACAACGCUGUAUUGUACUUUGCGUGAAUUUCUGAUUGAUGAUACCCAAUAGCGUUCUUGAUAGCAAUUUCUAUGCAUGCCACGAUUUUCUAAGGC